AUGACGCAGCGGUGGUGGGCUCUGCUCAUUGUUGCUUACCUGUCCGUGUACCUGGCAGCCGCUCAGCACCACAGGAGAGCUCUGUAUCCAUCCGCCUAUAGGAUAAAGCGCGGGGCGUAUUCACUGAUCGACCCCACGUUCCUGCACUCGGAGGAGGAUGCCAACCUGCUUUUUGAGAUCCUGCUGGCUGGAAUGCAGAUCCCGGGUGGGGGUCACGACAUGCAGAUUGCAGAUGAGGAGCUGGCCUCCCUGAGGAGCGUGGUCAAGCUGGAGGUCAUCUGUGAGGACGUCCUGCCCAAGAGGCUCUCAGACAUCCGCCGACUGACGGCGGAACUCGCCCGUCGCCGGCGACCUCUGAGCUGGCCGGACUUUGAGAGGACGAUGCUGACCCUGGUGUACGCCGCUCAGACGCUGGCUCGAUCGGGCAGCCGGCAGCAGAGGGAGGCGUGGGCGGACGCCGUGACGCAGCUGUUCAGAGUCCUGCAGAAGGACCUCACGCCAUCUUGAGGAAGAAGAUCGGAAGAUGCAGCUUCGUGUGUGGGGAUUUCCCUCGUUCGAGGUCACCGAUACACGAUAUAGUGUGGUGACACUGCAAUUCUUGACUCAA